CUUCUUUCUCCUCAUCCCCCCCGAGUUGACUUACUUUCGUUGAUCUCGUCGGCCUCAUGUCCACCUCCCUCCCUGGUAACCGGGACCUCCCGGCCUCUCAGUAUGAUCUGACGACUUACUGGGGUCGUGUGCGCCAUGCGGCCGACAUCUCCGAUCCUCGAACCCUCUUCGUCUCGUCGUCCGGCUUGGAACAGGCUAAGAACCUCAUCUCCUCCUACAAGCAGAAUCAUGUACCCGUCAUGACGCCGGACUUGUGGCGGGCCAAGAAGGUGGUCGACGCGACUCUGCACCCAGAUACCGGUAGUCCGGUCUUCCUCCCCUUCCGCAUGUCGAGUUUCGUCCUGUCCAACUUGAUCGUCACGGGCGGCAUGCUCACGCCGGGUCUGCAAACCACGGGCACCCUGCUGUGGCAGAUCGCGAACCAGUCGCUGAACGUCGCGAUCAACAACGCCAACGCGAACAAAUCGACCCCGCUGUCCAUGUCGCAGAUGGCCAAGUCAUACCUGAUGGCGGUGUCGGCCUCGUGCUCGGUGGCGCUGGGUCUCAACGCGCUCGUGCCCCGCCUGCGCGGCAUCUCGCCCAACGCGAAGCUCAUCAUGGGCCGUCUGGUGCCGUUCGCGGCCGUGUCCAGCGCCAGCGCCCUCAACGUCUUCCUCAUGCGCGGCGAGGAGAUCCGCCAGGGCAUCGACGUCUACCCGGUGCUGUCGGAGGCGGAGAAGAAGAAGCGCGAGGAGACGGGCGAGCCGCUGGAGAGUCUGGGCAAGAGCAAGAAGGCGGCGACGAUCGCCGUCGGCGAGACGGCCAUCAGCCGGGUGCUGAACGCCACGCCGAUCAUGGUGAUCCCGCCGCUGGUGCUCGUGCGGCUGGAGAAGACGGCGUGGCUGCAGGCGCGGCCGCGCAUGGUGCUGCCCCUCAACCUGGGGCUGAUCCUGGCGACGUCGAUCUUUGCGCUGCCGCUGGCGCUGGGCGCGUUCCCGCAGCGCCAGGCGAUCGGGGCGUCGUCCCUGGAGGAGGAGUUCUGGAAUAAGGGUGGAGUGAACGGACAGGUGGAGUUCAACCGGGGGAUGUAAUUUUUUCUUCCUCGCACUUCUGGC